UAGUCCUCUGUGAUGUGGGGCAGGCCCCAGUCAGCCUGGGAUCAUGAUGGCCGUCCAGUGACAGAGUGCCCUGCUGCCAAGGCGGGAGGAGCAAGUGGAUACAUCCCAUGCAUUUCCGAGUCACAGCGUGUUUGUUCCCCUUAGGAUGGGCUUGUGAGGCACUUGGAAACUGGCGGGAUCUGAGGAGCAGAGGGUAGGAAUGUCCCAGCGUUAACUUUCUGAAUUGUGGGGUGCUCUGUUGUGUUGGCACAUGUCCCUGCUGGUGUGAAACAUGCUGCACACUCUGGGGUGAUGGCAUGGCAGGUGGCCUGGUGGGUGCCCUGGAGGCAGUGCUGGAUUCCAACACCGAGGUAGCUCCCUCUCAAGUUCUGCUUCAAGUUCCCGGCUCACAGGUGUACUCUCCCAUAGCAUGUGGAGAGUUCCUGGAUGGAUGCAAUGUUCACUGGGCCAUAGCCACUGGUACCACAUUAGAGGAAAUCAACCAGCACUGGAAGUGGCUAGGACAGAAUCUCCUCCAUACUCUGUGUUUGAUUAUAAAGACGACAUGGCCAGCUUUGUCAAGGGGAAGGUGA